AUGGGGUUCUUCAAGAGACCUACCCUGCGCACUCGCGAUGACCAGCGCACAAGUGCUGCCGAGCUUACGUUGCGUGCGUCUAUCUAUCCACUUUGUUUGGUUACCGUUCUAUUCUUCCUCUGGGGCUUCUCAUACGGUCUUAUUGAUACGUUGAACAAGCAUUUCCAGGUGCAACUCGGAAUCACUCGCGCCCGUUCUUCUGGACUGCAAGCCGCUUACUUUGGAGCGUAUCCGCUCGCUUCACUGGGCCACGCCAACUGGCUGCUUAGGCACUGGGGCUACAAGGCAGUUUUCAUCUGGGGUCUCUUCCUGUAUGGCACCGGCGCACUGUUGGCCUGGCCAUGCCUCGUGUACCGUUCGUUUGGCGGGUUUUGCGCAGCGACCUUUGUGAUCGGUAACGGGCUGGGCUCGCUCGAGACGGCUGCAAACCCGUACCUCGCUGUGUGCGGUCCGCCCAAAUACUCUGAAAUGCGCAUAAACAUCGCACAAGCUUUCAACGGUAUCGGAACUGUCGUCGCACCUGUACUGGGGUCUUAUGUCUUCUUCAACAACGUCGGCGAAGAUGCAGAUGCGCUGAAGAGCGUGCAAUGGGUGUACCUGGCGAUCGCAUGCUUUGUCUACCUGCUGGCAGUGGUUUUCUAUUUUUCGCCCAUUCCUGAGAUUACAGACGCGGACAUGGCGUUCCAAGCGUCGGUCACGCAUGCUGGCACCGAUGUCAAGCCCUUCCGCCAGCAGUACCGUCUCUUCCACGCGACGUUUGCACAGUUCUGCUACACCGGAGCCCAGGUUGGCAUUGCAGGAGCAUUCAUCAACUACGUGACUGAGUCCCGUGUUGUGGGCGUUGGUCCUGAUGGGCCCAUAGCCACGAGCAAUGCCGAUGCUGCGCGUUUCCUGGCCGGCGCCCAAGGCACCUUUACCCUCGGCCGGUUUGUUGGGUCUGCGAUUAUGAAAUUCGUCAAGCCACGCUGGGUGUUUUUUGUAUUCAUGACAGCUUGCAUCGUGUUCCUGAUACCGGCGAUUACGGAACGUGGCAACACGGGCAUGAGCAUGCUCUUCAUUGUCUUGUUCUUCGAGUCGAUCAUCUUCCCGACCAUUGUGGCGCUGAGCAUGCGAGGGCUGGGAAAGCACUCGAAGCGUGGGUCCGGCUUCAUUGUGGCUGGCGUGUCUGGCGGUGCCGUGGUGCCUCCGCUCUUGUUCGUGGCCGCCGACUCUCGAGGGAGAACCAACCUCGCUACAGGUUACGCACCGACUGCGUUUGCCAUGGUAGUUCCCUUUGUAUUUUUCGUGGCUGCAUGGACGUACCCAAUCUGUGUCAACUUGGUGCCUGCGUACAGGAACGUGGCCGACAGCUUCCAUGAGACGGAAAUCGGCAUCGUCAGCAGACGUGCUGACGAUGUGGAGGUGCAGCACGGGUACGGCGCCAAGGAUGGCUCGCCGCUGCAGACGGAGGCAGUGGACGAGGAGAAGAAGACGUAUUGA